AUGUCCCUCGUACACCUCGCCAACGUGUGCUCGCACCUUCAGAACGCCUCCAAAGCGCGGUUGGGUCUGACAUCCAUCCCCUCGACCAACCAACUGCUCACCCUCUCGCUGGCGCUCCAAUCCGCUGGCUUCCUAUCUUCCGUCACCCGCGCAGGCCUCACUCCUCCUCCCUUGAACUCUGCAACUAAAUACGAACCCGAGCCUGUCACGCAGGAGAAUGUUAGUACUAGGAGGCUUUGGCUGGGACUGAAGUAUUGGAAUAAUCGAGCGGUGUUGAGCGAGAUGAGUAUGGUUAGUAAGCCGACGAAGAGGGUCUGGAUGGAUGUUGAGGGCUUGGGACGGAUUGUUAGGGGGAGGGAGGCUGGGUUUGUGAGGGGCUUGACGAGGCCGGGGGGAGUGUUUGUUUGUGUCUACGGAUAG